AUGGAGGACUUUCUGCUCUCCAAUGGGUACCAGCUGGGCAAGACCAUUGGGGAAGGGACCUACUCAAAAGUCAAAGAAGCAUUUUCCAAAAAACACCAAAGAAAAGUGGCAAUUAAAAUUAUAGACAAGAUGGGAGGGCCAGAAGAGUUUAUCCAGAGAUUCCUGCCUCGGGAGCUCCAGAUCGUCCGUAUCCUGGACCACAAGAACAUCAUCCAGGUGUAUGAGAUGCUGGAGUCCGCCGAUGGGAAAAUCUACCUGGUGAUGGAGCUGGCUGAGGGAGGGGAUGUCUUUGACUGCGUGCUGAAUGGGGGGCCACUGCCUGAGAGCCAGGCUAAGGCCCUCUUCCGUCAGAUGGUCGAGGCCAUCCGCUACUGCCACGGCUGUGGCGUGGCCCACCGAGACCUCAAGUGCGAGAACGCCUUGUUGCAAGGCUUCAACCUGAAGCUGACUGACUUUGGCUUCGCCAAGGUGCUGCCCAAGUCACGCCGGGAGCUGAGCCAAACCUUCUGCGGCAGCACAGCCUAUGCUGCCCCUGAGGUGCUGCAGGGUAUUCCCCACGAUAGCAAGAAGGGUGAUGUCUGGAGCAUGGGUGUGGUCCUGUACGUCAUGCUCUGUGCCAGCCUACCUUUUGACGACACAGACAUCCCCAAGAUGCUGUGGCAGCAGCAGAAGGGGGUGUCCUUCCCCACUCAUCUGGGCAUCUCGGCUGAAUGCCAGGACCUGCUCAAGCGGCUCCUGGAACCAGACAUGACUCUCCGGCCUUCCAUCGAAGAAGUUAGUUGGCAUCCAUGGCUAGCAAGCACUUCGUAAAAGCAAUGGCAAGUCCUCCCCAAUAAAGUAGGGGGAGAAAGCAAACCCAAAACCCGCUUCUAAAAUGGUGAUAUAUAUUUUACACUUUAAGUUUACUUAUCCUAAAACUUACCUACACCCUCCCCAGCCUUACUUCUCUUUUCCUUUAAAGAUCUUCAUGGAACCAGAGGGCCUCGUUCAGACUUCCCUUUUAUUAAGGCUGACAAGUGAUUUUCAUACAGGUGUUUAACUAAAGUUAAUUAAAAAUAGACCCCAGAAUCAUACACAUACACGGGGAGGAGAGGAGAAAAAUGACCAAGAGCAAUCGGAACCACUGUUGUUGCAACUUUCUUUCCAAAUAAAAGCAGAAGUGUUGGGAAUGCAGAAAUGGUCUUGAUUCCUUGUCUUGGUGAGAGGUCUGUUGGAGGCCCUGUCCCUUCCUCAUCCCAAAGGCCAAGCUGAGUCUGGGAUGAGGACAAGGGACUUCCCCACGACCCAGGCUAACCCCCAUCCCUCCCCC